UUAACUGGCCAAAGGUAAUGUGGGCUCAUGGUACGUGACUGAUCAGCCACUCGAGCAUGAUUUUUGGCUCGUCUUUUGCAUUGGAGACGUCUUUAACGCAAUAUGACGUUUUUUAAAUUCCCAGAAGAGUAAUACAUUAUUUGUAACUUGUCAAGUUUACCGGACAACGGAUGAGCGUCAUCGAAAACGAUAAGAAGACAACUUCAACACCUUCUCCAAGGAAAUGAAACGAGUUCAAUUGUUGCAACUUUGUCCUCUCUUGGUUGGUUGUUAUAAAAUCGACAGCCGGGUAAAAGUUUUGAAUCCAAGCUGUCCUUUAACAGUAUGGUUAUUUUUCAUCCUUUUUUGGUUCUUUUGAGCAUUUUCAGUGUUACACUGGCAUAUAGUAAGUAUAUACAGUAGUAUUAUACAGUUCAGAAAUUCAACCUCAUUUCAGUUCGUAAGAGAAUAUGUUCUUUAGCGUUAGUGUUUUAUAUUAAUUUUACAGGAUUGCCACCGGAGGCCCCUAUAACUCAGAAUAAUUCUUUACACAAUGAUACAUCACGGAAUCUGGACGAUCACAAGCUUCUCAAUGUUACAGGACAGCCGCUAGAGUCCUAUUUAUUUGAGAACAACAUUGCGCUGAAGAAUGACACAUCCUCGCAUCUGGACCACAGCUCCCUAAUGAGUACAAACGAAAACAGUAACGAUGCUAACGCUCAAACAGGAUCGAGCUCUAAAGGUAGUGAUUUGCACAGGUAAGAAAUGGCAUGAAAAAACAUCCCUUCAAUCAUAUCCCUGUUCCUUGAGUAAAUCUCGAAGUAAAUGCAUGCAUCAUGCAUGUUUUUAUAAAACACAUUCGUAAACCCUUGUACAAUUCCGAUUAAUAUGCGGCAUUAUUUUAUUCAAAUUUGCGGUUCAUCUCAUACUUGUUAUCUUGAGAGACUAAAUUACAUGUAAUAUUAAGCGAAAUUUUUAAUUUACACGCACUUGUGGGACCUAUUUGACUGAAUACCGUGUUUUGUAGCCUCUUUCUUGAAACCAGAAGUCUCUUGAUUGUUCGGUGAAACCGAAACCUAAAAGCGUGACAAGAAGCAAAAAGAAAUAUACUGACAGGGUCAGUGACCCCAUGGUAAACGAAUUUAUGAACAAAAGUGAAAGCUUGGAAUAAUUACUGUUAAAAUAAGUAAUUUCCGACUGGCUUCUGAGAAGAAAGUUUUAGUAGGAAGUCGAUUAUAAAACCAGGAGCAUACGGAAACUGAAGAUGAUGACGAUGGAUUCUUGCCUUGGUUUUCUACGUUGAAAUGCGCUCUUAAACGAGAUGUCAUAGUAAAUUCAGUAAUAAAUAUUAGUGUUCACGUACGGUACGCCGAACUAGAGAUCGUUACGUCAUUAAUAAUUAUUGCUUGGCAUUGGACUUGACCGGCACAAUGACCAAGUGUCAAAUCAAACACGUGAGAUAGAAGAUCUUACUAGCUUUUAACUCGCGAGAUACUAAGUUAUAACUUUUUAAUAUGUUUCUAUCUUAUUUCUUUAAUGACUUAUUCCUUGUUAUAUUGUGUUUCAAAUCGUUACUAUUUUUAUUAGUAUUAUUAUUCUAGAUCUAGCUUAACAUAAAAACUAGAUGGUCACAUUUGUAAGAGUCGAUAGGAAGAGACUAUAAAAUUGAAAAUUCUUGUGCUCUCAAUUUUAUUUAUAUUACAAACUUAAAUUUUGCGCACGUACGAACGUAAAAAUAACGCGACACUGGAAAUCAAGCCAAACUUUCUUUUCAUUGCGCUUGUAGACUAACUCGUUAUGAGAACUGGGAUCGUUUAAAAGAAAGAUUUUUUACAACAGAUUUUUUUUAUCUAACCGAUUUUGAAAGACCCUUUGUAACCCAAGGCUUACGAAGAACUUGUUUUUCAGCUUUUCCCUUUUUCAGUGGAAAACAGAGGUUAUAAAUUGAUGUGUAUUUCUUGACAGCAACGAGGCCAAAAGUGUGACCUCCUUUAAUUAACUCGCAUUCUUUCAUGCAGACAUUAACCAAUCAGUAGUCGAGGACAGUUUCCAGCUGGCUUCUGACCUCCUUUAAAGAAUUAAUAAAUCGCAUUCUUUUGGGCAUUUGCAGACAUUAACCAAAAUCAUCAUUCGAGGACAUAAGGACCUUUCCAAAAGACGGCUUCUGAUUAAUUAUUUCAACUUAUCAAACGUAUAAUAUAUAUAACUACAGUUCCUGUUUUAGCCACUUAUUUUUAUCAGGUAGGUAUGUUAAAGAGAUAGCAUUUUUCAGUGUAAGGUAUACAAAAUGGGUAUCUUUUCUGCCAUGAAUAUUUAAUAUACUAAAAAAGUAAGAGGUUGGACCCUGGACGGAGCCUCUCCUAGAACUGUAGAAGGGCACAUAUAAAACAAAAUGAAAACCAAAGAAAGGCAUGAAUAACGUUUAAUAUACAUGUAAUUAUUCCUCGCUUGUGCUUUCUAUUUAAAGGAAGAAACGAGUAAGACUGAUUAAAACUUUGUCGAGCGUUCCGUAAUAGCCGUUUCUUCAAUCCCAAAACUCAGUUUUUUCCGCAAUUCUGUUAUCCGGACGAUCCCUUCCCCGUAAACGCACCGACUCAUUCCGCGUUCACAGGUUGGAGUAUUUCCCUGGCCUCCGCAGCGAUACAAAGAGGUUCUUGAUUUUUGGAGAAAGUGCCAGUCACUGCACCGAAUGAUGAAUAUCUCACUUUGCCCUGCAUUCCUUUCGCGAAGUUCAAAUCCAAAACAGCUCCAUCCAACGUCUCCGGAGGGAACUUCGAUAUGAUGAAAAUGGUGCUCGUAGGAUGAUAAAAUUGAACCCCGUAUGAGACAGAUCUGGGUGUGGUCCAGGCUUUACUUGACCCCUUAAGGAGACAAUAGGAAGUUUAAGCAAAGACGCUUUGAGCGACGCCCGUCAACCGGAAGUGAGGCCUUUUUCCAUUUCGUAAUUUACAUUGCUAAGUGACCUUACGCUUAUGAAGAUGAUUUGCCCAAACGUUUGGGCAAAACCACUGCCCAAGAAUGCAAAAAGUCCACUUCCGGUUGAUGCGCGUCGCUCAAAAAAAGUCCGUACGACGUGCUGUUCUUUUUUUCCUACAUAGAAGUGUCUUUACCCACAACCCUGGACGACACUUGUAUGGACAAAAAUAUCAGCUUUCCGCCUUUCCAACGGCCUAAUUGAGCUAAUUCGUAACAACAUCUGUCAUUUUUACCCCCAUAAGAGAUGACAGCCUUUCCCAUCCCUUUGUAUACGAGUCUCCCCACAGCUCCCACCCCAGGAUCAAACCUCCGUGGAGAAGGAAUGUAGUAAUCAAUACUCAAACGGUUCUAUUUGCUUUCUUUCAGGAACAUCAGUAUUAUAGUGGGAGUCCUAUUAGCUGGCGUUGUCUUUGUGAUUAUAUCCUGUUAUCUGUACAAAUAUCAUCCAAAGUUUUGCAGGGCAUGUGGUCCUUGGCUAAUGCUUUGCGAAGCCUGCGAUAAACCAAGCAACGAUAUCAAUAACAUAGGAAGCAGUCAGCGUCCACGCAACGACUGUUGCAAGGGUGACUGCGGUUACCCUGGAAGCGUAUGUGACUUACUUUGUUGUCUUGUUCCUGAUAGUCAGGGUGACGAUUCAGACUGCAAACCGAGCUGUGAAUGUAAUGAUUGUGGGGGUGACUGUGGGGACUGUGAUUGUGGAAGCUGUGAUUGUGGAAGCUGUGACUGUGGCAGCUGUGACUGUGGUGAUUGUGCUAUUAUGUGAUGCAAAGACGGAUUUGGUCCGAGUAGGAUGUUGCGUUUUAUCAUCAAUUGGUGAAGAAAUAUACAGUUAAACCUCAGAAACUAAAACCUUCACCUCUCUUCACAGGCUAUACGUCAUGGUGUUCGUCAUCGUCAUCAUCAUCAUUUCAUUAGACUGCUUGUAGUGCACCUUUUCCCUCAAAAUUCGUCCAGUCCUCAUCCCAGCCAGCGUUAUUGCACAAAACGACGUUACAAUACUCAUUUAUAGCCACUCGCGGCGUCGCCGCUCGCUUGCAUGGGUUAUACGUGGAGUAACUUUGAGAGGAAAAAAUAAGAGACUGCUCGCAGCCGACCAUUUCAUUUCUGAGGGAUAAAUAUAUAAAGAUCGACCAGCUUCUCCAUUGCACUGUACCUAAAUACACCAUUUGCGGGAAUACAGUUCAAACAUAAGUGGUAUUCGGGAAUUUUUUAGUCGUGCCUUAAAUCUGUACAUAUUUUGAAGCCAUGUGUCAGUAGGUCCUGAGGUGAUUGCAUGCAGGUCAUAUGGUUCGGGAGGGAGUGGUGAGGAUGACAUUCUUAUAGACUGAUGGGAAAUUGUGGGUAGUGACGGACGGCGCGAGCUUUUCAAAAUUGGCGAUAGAAGUGUAAUCUGAAUGCUUUUACGAUUCCACCCAACCACCCCGGUAAUCAGUGCUGCAAAUACCUAUAUAUGGAAAACAGAACAAUCAGGAAAGUCUGACGUCAUGCUUAAACCAAUCAGGAUACAGGAUAUAUUUUUAAUAUUUAACUUAAAUGUACAUGAUUUUCAAAUUGUAAAUUUAGAGCAUUGCAGGACACAAUAACUCUAGAGUAACCCUUUCAUUUAAUAAACAAUAGAAAGUAAACUGAAAUUAUGCAUACGUUUUUUUAAAUAUGAAUUUCGUAUAUUGGAAUUGCGGGAUGAAGAAAAAAUGUGAAGUUCAUCGCAUUUUAAGACGAUCUUCUUGUGACGAUCUUCUUUACAUGUAUUUCUCCAUCCUUCCGUUCCAAUAUGAGUCAUGUUUUCAUAAUUUCGUCAUCUUCAUCCGUUCCGGGUAUACAGUCGAACCUCUCGGUAGGGACACCUCUCUAAUACGGACACCUCUCUAUUACGGACAGUUUCCUAUGUACCGACAAAAUUCUGAUACGUUUUCUCUAAAAAAAACCCCUCUGUAAUACGGACCCUCUCUAAUACGGACAACGGACACAAAAUCUCGGCCCUUAGGAGCAAAUUUAUACCAACUUAACCUCUUUAUUACGGACCCUCCGGGACAAGGUGUCGUUAAUUUGCGGUAUAUGUACCAUUUCCUGUCGGCAGUCACACAAACAUUUACACUUCAUCAGUCAGCGAUACCAAUAC